AAGUUAAAAUUGCUGCUGGCUUUCCAAACUUAUUGAUCCUCCCAAUCUCACUACUCGGAGAAAGAUAUGGUCGACGGAAAACGAAAAUCCGACAGAAACCCAACAAAUGUAUCCGACAAACUUGGUCUUAAAGACCCAUUACUGCGCCGUCUCUCUUCCGCCGCUGCCCUCACUCACUCCUUUCUCCAAGCCAACGAUCUCUUCCUCUCACCAUCACAAUCUCUCCGCCUUGAAUCCCUAAUCUCAUCUCUCCCAAUCCCACCUUCCCCCUCUCCUUCCUCCGCCGUCACCACCGCCACGUGGUUCAACCGCUUCUUAACCUCCGCUACAGAAGACGACGAUGAUCCUCGCUGGUGUCUUUGUUUCCGGAUGUCGAAAUCCACCUUCUUCAAUCUCUUCUCUAUCCUCUCCCCUUCCUCGCUUCCUUCCUUCGCUGCCGCAAUCUUCCGUCUCGCUCACGGUGCUUCUUACGAGUGUCUCGUUCACAGAUUCGGGUUUGAUUCCACUUCCCAAGCUUCACACUCUUUCUUCACUGUCUGCAAACUCAUCAAUGAGAAAUUAAGUCAACAACUUGAUGCUCCAAACCCCGAUUUUUCGCCUAAUCUGCUCCCGAAUUGCUGCGGUGUUGUCGGAUUCGGGAGGUUUGAGGUUAACGGAAAGCUUCUUGGUGCAAAAGGGUCAAUUUUGGUUCAAGCAUUGGUUGAUUCCGAUGGCAGAUUUGUUGAUAUCUCAGCUGGUUGGCCAAGUACGAUGAAACCAGAAGCUAUUUUCAGACAGACGAAGCUUUUCUCAAUUGCAGAGGAAGUUCUCAAUGAAGCUCCGACCAAACUUGGGAAUGGAGUAUUGGUUCCUCGUUACAUUUUGGGAGAUUCUUGUCUUCCUUUAUUGCCAUGGCUUGUGACACCUUAUGAUUUGACUUCAAACGAGGAGGAAGAGGAGACUUUUAGAGAAGAAUUUAACAAUGUGGUUCACACUGGAUUGCUUAGUGUUGAGAUUGCCUUUGCUAAGGUUCGAGCUCGGUGGCGGAUUCUUGAUAAGAAAUGGAAACCAGAGACAAUCGAGUUUAUGCCGUUUGUUCUAACUACGGGUUGCUUGUUGCAUAAUUUUCUUGUGGAUUCUGGAGAUGAUGAUGAUUCACUGGAGGAAUGUGUGAAUGGUUGUGCUGCUGGUGAUAAUGGUGAGACGAGGAAAGAUGAUGGUGAUGAGAAGACUCGGAGAUUCGAAGGAGAAGCAUAUAUAGAGUCGAGGAGGAUCAGAGAUGCUAUCGCGGAGAACCUUAGCCGAGUGAGUUCACUAAGAUGAAAUUGAAAGCCUUGUUUGUUUUAGCCUCAUGUUGUAAAUUGUGGGAUUCUGCUGUAUUUUUUUUCUUUUGUGCACAUCUGUUUUGAUAUGCAGUUUACGGCUUAGAAGGUGAACUAGAUAAUGUAAUGUUGAUGGUUACUGGUUUCUUGGACCCUAAAAUCAAUCAUCGCUGUCUAAACAAAA